CAGUGUUUGGGAUGGACUAACCAGCUUGGGACUCUGUAGCUUGUGACCAGAUGAGAUGGAUGGAUAGAAGACGGCUUUAAACGGAUUCGUUUGGCUGCCGAACACAAGAGGCACACUGUGCCAAGAGGGAUCACCUGGAGGCGGACACUUCAACAGCCAUUAAUCCCGUUAUGGAGCCAACGUGCAUUGUUUGAUACAUCGACACGGUGAUGAAGCACUAACAGCUUUAGCAGAGAGACAAGGCCCUGCGUGCUGGAAUACUUCUCGAAGGAAUUGACCCUGUUGGACAGGGGAUUUUGGGAUUGUUUUUGCCAUGUGUCAAAUCAACUUGCCAGCCGCCCCAAAUGACAGUCUCCCUUGACAUGAGAGAAGCGAGACGUCGACGAAAGAUGGCCGACCACGCCAUCCCACCCCUGAUGCUUUUGUCUACAGGGCAAAUGCGUUGGGGUGGAGUACUUCCAGGUUUCAUCCUACCCUCUUUCCCUCUUUUUUCUCUACUCCUCUAUACUCUCAUAUCUUCCUCAAUGGCUGUUGUUAGUUUGCCGGGAUUAGACUAUGACUAUGGAGCCCAGCCCAAGUUUGUUUGCACCCCAAUUCCAGCGGACACAGACCCCAACUGCUUCACAUCAGGUGGGGCAGCACAUGGACCUGUCCACGACAGACCCAGCAGUAAUGGGCAUCAUGGACCUGCUGCAGGGGCGCCCAAUGGUAACGGCAGGAGGCCGAUGGGAAUGGGAAUGGGGAUAGGAAUAUCAGACGAGGCCAAAUCCACCAUCUUGCACCUUCGUGAGAGCCUGGUGCGGCAAAAGGAGACCAUCUUAGACCAGCGGGAGACGAUCAGGGAACUGACUGCCAAGCUGACCCUCUGUGAGGGCUUUGGCCGGGGGGUGGGUCAUCACGAUGACCAUCACGACGACCACCAUGGACCCGCGCGUCACAACUCCCAUCACCCGAGCUCGCAUCACUCCUACCAUGACACUGACCACCACGGGGACCCACACUACCCACUGAACAAUGGGCACCGAUCAGACCCACACCACCGAGGGAAGGAUAACUCUGGGAGCAAGCAUGGGGCCUUCUCCCCUGAGCAGACUAGGAAAACGCUACAGACACUCAAGGAGAGGCUGGAGAACUUGCAGGCCAGGAAUUCCUCCAGCUCCUAUUCAAGCUCACUGAGAGACCUCCUGCAACGUAAAAUCAAUGCACUUGAGAAGCAGCUCAACAAUCACUACGGUGGGCAUCAUGAUUAUGGUCGCCAUGACGACCACCACGAUGACCACCAUGACGACCACCACGAUGACCAUCCGGACGACCACCACGACGACCACCAUGAAACUGGUCACCACGAUGACCACCAUGACGAUCAUCACGAUGACCACCAUGGGCCCGGUCACCACGACGAUCACCACGAUGACUAUCACGACGCCCACACCCCCACCCCCACCCCAACCCGCUACAACAACCGCCACAACAACCGUCAAAACAGUCACCAUGAUGACCAUCACUAUGACCGACACUAUGACCGCCAUUAUGAUCGUAGCCACGGCCGCCAUGACACCCACCAUAACGACCACCAUGGCGAUCACCAUGACGACCAUCCCGAUGAUCAUCACGACGAACACCACGAUGAUCUUCACGAUGACCACCGUGAAAACGGUGAUGAUCACCAUGGCAAUGACGACCAUGCCCAUCGUCCUCGUCCAGCCUAUAACAGCAAGCCACCAGCUCCAUUACCUCUUGGCCGUGGACACAACAAGCUGGAAACUGUGCUGAGCCACCUUAACCACAGGAACUCUAACCCUGGUACCCGGAAAAAGCCAAAGAGUCCGGAUGCUUUCCAGAUUGGCUUCCCUAUGCGCACUAACUACAUGUAUGGAAGGAUAAAGAAGACCCUACUCAUUGAAAUCUUCGCCCUCACUGUCUGCCUCUGGAUAAAAGGGGGAUCAGGGCCUGGCCUCGGCACGCCCUUCUCCUACUCUGUCCCGGGACAGGCCAACGAACUGGUUCUGAUCGAAUGGGGCAACAACCCCAUGGAACUACUGGUCAACGACAAUGCAGUGACAUUGCCCAUGGCAAUGACGGAUGGGAAGUGGCACCACCUGUGCAUGACAUGGUCAACACACGAUGGGCAUUGGGAGGCCUUCCAGGAUGGUGUUAAAAGGGGGUCUGGAGAGAACCUAUCUGCAUGGCAUCCCAUCAAGCCUGGUGGAGUCUUUAUUCUGGGCCAAGAACAGGAUACCCUAGGUGGCCGAUUUGACGCCACCCAGUCCUUCGUGGGCGAGAUGUCAGACCUCCAGUUGUGGUCCCGCGUUCUCACACCCAACGAAAUCUAUAGCCAGGCUUCCUGCGGAGGUCACCUGGCGGGUGACCUCAUCUCCUGGACAGAGGCAGUGGUCGAGCUUCACGGUGGGGUCACCAAAUACCCCUUCGACCCCUGCCACUAAGGACUACCACACUCUGCCUCAUAAAAAUGGCCCCUGAUGUUAUUUAACGAGCUGUCUGGUGUGGCAGCAGGGCUCUGUGCACUACGCUGCAGACACAUGACAGGCCCUUAGCAACAAACCAGGCUGGUCCUUAGCCAUUCUGCAAUUUUGCCAUCCCUUUCCUCUCUGUUCUGCCUUCCCCCUCGCUGGGCCGAGGAACUGGGAAGACUUUAAAAGAGCAAAGGCUGGAUUUAACUGAAUGGCCAUGACCGCUGCUGCUCCCUGGAUCCAAUACCGGUAAUGGGAUUCCCUGUCUUUAAAUGAGUCCACCCAUGUAUGCCUCGGCCUUAGUAAAGCCCUUCAUCAGUCAGGUGUUCAAAGAAUCAUAACAUUUUACUGGGACAUAUUAUGCCGGUUCGUCUUUCUGUUUUUGGCUGGCGAGCAGGACGAUGCCAGUGACUAAAAGGAACGCACUGAGGCAGAAUGCUCAUAAACCAACUGUGGACCAUAUGGAAUGAACAAACUAAAGGCGCUCUAAACAGCCACACAGAUGGCAAGUGUAUGAGAUAAAAGACAUUGAUAAUGGUUUGAUGAUUGAAUGUGAUGAAUGUGAGGUACUACAUUGUAUUUUUUGUACAUGAUGAUGGAGGAUCUUAUCUAUGGUUUUAGUUUUGUUGGGGGGGGGGGGGAUUUUAGCCUGUCCCAACUCCACCUUUCACACACAAAUGUUAGAGGACUAUUUUUUUACUACUGUGUUGUACACACGUGCAACUGGUAAACAUUCCAUUUUAUUUUUCUGAUGAAUUUAGCUCUACAAAUAUCAACUGAUCAACAUUCAACUGGAUUGUAUUUCUUAUCAGUGUGUCUGAAAUGGCUGCCGGGUUUUUAUGAAACACCUGAGUUGAAGUUGUGGACAUGAGCCCGCAUAAAUACAGGUUAACUGCCUGUCAAGAGGUCUACGGUAAUGCUGACAUCUCCAUUGUAUCUUGUGGUUUACAGUAAGAUUUACCUGACAGGUAGAGCUCUGAUCGAGCUCCAGACUAUUUCCGCGUUGUCAUAGCGUACACAUCCUCUUAAAUACAUUCACACACGAAUGCACAUGCACUCAAAACAGCUUGGGGAAGAAAGAAAAUUCUGUAAUGCUCUAAAAUACUUAUAUCAAAGUCAACCUCAUCGAAUGUUGGUUUUUAUUCAUUGGGUCCUAUGUUUUUUUUAUGCAUGUAAAAUGCUUAUAAAAAUAGAUAAAAAUAUAGCCUGUCUUGAAUAUCAACUGUCAAAUUACUUAAACAAAUACCAACCAUUUCUUUUUUUGUAAAUAUAAGGCAUUUUACACAACAAAACAUCCUUUCCUUUGUCUAUCCUUUCACUAUGGUCAUCCCUUUUCUGUCUGUAAAGCAUUCAAAUUAGGAAUUUAUUCAAUUGUAUUUGCUUACUCACCCCCAUUUCACUGUAGGCUAUUAAGCUCAGAUUGGCUAUGUCUCAUUGAAUUACAUGAACACUGAUCGUAAAAGGGUCAUCUGCGGUUGCCAUGGUGAUAGUAUAGAACUUGGCUGGACAUGCCCCCUGACCACUAAUAGUCAUUACAACAAUUACAGUGUGUUACAUUUGUAGAUAUUUGUUAAUGCACCUUUGUGAGAGGACAUAGUGGUCUGGAUUGUUUUAUAUGAGUUUAUAAUGCCAAGUUGAGCAUUAAAAACCCAUGCUCCCAUUUUCCUUUUAGUGGGCCAAAUGUAUGUGAGGUAAAAAAAUAAAAAUAAAUUAUGUUUCUCAUUUGUUACAAAUAAUAAAUACUAUUGAUUAAUGAAUGCUAAUACAACUAGAUAUAAUUCAGGUUAAACAUAGCAUUGAACGCAGUUGUAUAACCAGGAUCUAUGUUGCUUCCAUAAAGUUUGCUUAAUCUCGCCUUUGGUAUACAUUUUAAUCUGUACAUAAAGACACACUCAAUAGAUUUUUUUUCCUUCUUGUCUGUAAAUAUUGAACAACCUUUUAUUUAUUCAUUCUUGUGUGUUUGGUCAAAAGUCCCUUUCCUUUGUGUGUAAGCCAAAAAUGUCAAAUGAAUUGUAAAACUUAAAUGAGGAAUACAUGCAUUAACUCUGUUAAAUAUGUUUAAAUACAAUCAAGAUUUUGAAUAAAAUUAUUGCAUAU